UUUCUCUUUCACUCUCUUUCAAACACCCAGCUAUUUACUUAUACUUGUUUCUUUAUCUCUUUCUCUCUCUCUCUCUCUCAAUCUUUGCUACUGUCCUCUAUUUCUCUCUCUCUACAUGAGUAAAAAAUCUCUUUUCUUUUGGCUGUGACUGUGUUAUGUGAAGCUGAAUUUUUUUUUAAAGGAAACGGGUGUGUUUGAACACACCAACCCAAAUUCAAUGAAAGUUUUUUCUGUGAGUAAAAAGCUUGAAUGGAAGGCAGACUACCAAAAGUAGCACAGAAUCUGAAAUGGGUAUCUUUCUCUUGCUACUUUUAGUUGGGUCUCUUUCUCUUUCUCUUUCUCUCUCCUCUGUGUCUCAGAGCUGGGGUUUCUGGUGCUUUCUGACUAGGGUUUUGAAUAGGGUACAACUGAGAGUGGUCAAUUUUGGAGGCUUUUAUUGGAUGGGCUGGCUUAUCAAAUUCAAUUAUUAGAGAAGAACCUAGUGGCUGAGAUUGUUGUUCUUGUCAAGUAGUGAUGGAUAUGGGAGAAAAAAAUAAAUUUGAGUUAGAUAAUAAGAAUGAAGAUCCUAUGAAUUAUUCAUCUGGUAUGUCCUCAGACUGGCGGUUUGGUGGUUCUAAUCUUGCAAAUACAUCUAUGGGUUUGGUCCAGGCUGCAAAUUCCAUGGUAAUUGGCAAGGGUGAUCUAAUUGGUUCUUCUUCUUGCUCUUCUGCUCCAGUGGUGGACUCAUUUGUCUCAACACUUUGGGACCACACCGCCAAUCCACAGAACUUGGGUUUUUGUGAUAUGAAUAUUCAGAACAAUGCAAGCAGCUUAAACGCACUAGGCAUUGGGAAAGGUAGUCCUGCCUCAUUGAGAAAUGGUGUUGAUAGAACACUUGAUAUGUGUUGGAAUCCAUCGAGUCCAAUGUUAAAAGGAGGCUUAUUCUUACCAAAUAUGCCAGGAAUGAUCCCACAGAGCUUGUCUCAGUUGCCAACUGAUUCUGCUUUCAUUGAGCGUGCUGCGAGGUUCUCUUGCUUCAACGGUGGAAAUUUUAGUGAUAUGGUGAACCCUUUUGCAAUUCAAGAUUCUGUGAAUCUAUAUUCAAGGGGUGGAGGAGUGGUGCAGGGAGGUCAAGACGUUUUAGCAGGCAAUGGGUUGAAACAAGCAAUUUCUGGUGUGCAUUCUCAAAAGGGUCAGCUAAAUAUGAGUGAAGCUUCAAAAGAUACUUCUCUAACAGCUGAGCUGGGGGGUACCGAAGGGAGUCCACUUAAGAAUGAAAGGAAAAGCGAGAGCCUUGCGAGAUCUCAUGAUGAAGCAAAACAAUGUGUUGGUGGAUCUGGAAAUGAUUCUGAUGAAGCUGAAUUUAGCAAUGGUGUUGGAGCCGGCCUAGAGGAACCGUGUAUGUUGGAGGGUACUGUCGGCGGCAGUGAGCCUUCUGCUAAGGGACUUGGCUCGAAGAAACGGAAAAGAAAUGGGCAGGAUUCUGAUCCUGAUCAAGCCAAAGGAGCUUCUCAUCAGCAUGGUGAAUCAACAAAGGAUUAUAAUGCUGAACAGCAUCAGAAGGGAGACCAGAACCCAAGUACAGCUAACAACAAGGCAACUGGAAAACAUGGCAAACAGGGUUCUCAAGGUUCAGAUCCUCCAAAAGAAGAAUAUAUACAUGUGAGAGCUCGAAGAGGCCAAGCAACAAAUAGCCAUAGUCUUGCAGAGAGAGUAAGACGGGAAAAAAUCAGUGAAAGAAUGAAGUUUCUUCAGGACCUUGUUCCUGGAUGCAGUAAGGUCACUGGAAAGGCGGUGAUGUUAGAUGAAAUCAUUAACUAUGUUCAAUCACUACAACGGCAGGUUGAGUUUUUGUCUAUGAAGCUCGCAACAGUAAAUCCGCGACUAGAAUUUAACAUUGAAGGCCUCCUUGCAAAAGAUAUGCUUCAGUCUCGAGUCGGUUCAUCUUCUGCACUAGCAUUUUCUCCAGAUGUGCAUAUGCCAUAUCCUACGUUACAACCACCAUCGCAAGGGCUUAUUCAGGCGAGCCUUGCUGGAAUGGGGGGCUCUUCUGAUGUACUUCGGAGAGCAAUCAGUUCCCAGUUGACGCCUAUGUCUGGAGGAUUUAAAGAACCUACUCAGAUACCAAAUGUGUGGGAAGAUGAACUUAACAAUGUUGUCCAAAUGAGCUUCGGAACAAGAAGUUCUCCUAACAGCCAAGAAGCGGAUGGGUCAAUGCCAACCGGCCAAAUGAAAGUUGAACUUUGAUUAUUCUCUUGGAAUAUUUUAUGCCACAUAGUCCUAUGGUCAUGGCCCCAGAUGUAUACACAACUAAUUAAAUGAGAAGUCAAACAACAAAAACAUGACAGUCCCUCUUGAGAUGACAAGAAGAUAAUCUGAAAAUACUUUACUUCAGCUCUACCUGAGAAGAUCCCCACUUCAGCUCCUUUCAUCAGAAGUUACAUAAUCCAGGAAGCCACGAUUCCUCUUUCCAAGGGAAUGUUGUAUAGAUUGAUAUUACAAAAGAUAUGGGAUGAAAUGUUGCGAAAGAAGUUGAAAUGUUGUAGCUGAAGGCUUGGAGUCCCUAGUGUAGUUAACAAGAAAAUUGUCAUCCAAAUCUUGGUCUUCCUUUGUUCAUUUAGUUAGUUAGAAGCUAUAUAUGUGCUAAUCAUAUAUCACCGAAUGUAAUGUCAUUUCUUCUUUUCUUUUGAUUCUGGAGCUCUCUUCUGAAUCACAUUACUCUGUCUCUUUUAUCCUCUUUUUUUCAGUAAAAGAUGUUUAGAAUCA